ACCAAUCAAAGCCCACCACCUACAGCUUUUCUCUCUCACUGGCUAAAGUUCUUAAGCAGAACUAGAUUCAUUCCUUGAAGCUUACCAACCUGCUUUUUCAGCUUCCCUCAAUUUUCUCUCUUUCCCUUCGUAGUUUCACUCAACUUUUUUUUUUUUCCUUUUCUUUGUUGCUGAUGCCACAAGGAAAAGGGAGAAAGAACAGAUCUUUACCAGCUUUUUUAAACUGCUUCAAAUCGUCAAGAGUUCAGAGUCUCCCUUGUUUUCCGAAUUUGGUUAUUUUUCCUACCUUGCUUUGUUUCAUGGUUCCUUCUUAGUUCCUUUCGUGAGGAUUCAGCUUCUUUUUCUUUCCCAAUUGAGAUGUGAAGUGGUUGCAGCCAGAGAUACAAAUGUUAGUUAGCUCCAACUUAUAAAGCUCUUUCUUUUUUCUUUUUUUCUUUUGGGAAAGUCUUACCUAGAAGCCCUUCUCUCUUAGACUUCUGAUCAUUCCUGGUUCAAUUUCAUGGAAGUUUUCUCGGUCUUCACUCUGUAGUUCUGUUUCUCUGUUUUUUGUUCCUUGGAAUUCCACUGGGUUCAGAUCUCAGCAGUGGUUUUAGGGUUUCAGAAUGGAGCACCUAAGUUAUUUUCCUUUUUAAUUUGUUUUGUGGGAUUUUCUUUGAUUUUUGAAAAGGUGGGUCUUUUCUAGAUUCCUCAGGGGUAUGCCUACGCACAAAAAGGUAUUCUGAUUCCUUUCAAAAUGCUUCUUGAUUUAACACUGAUAUUAUUGCUUUAAAACCUCCACCACUCUGCAUUUUCCUGUCUGGGUUCUACUUCUCCCCUCUUGCUCUGUCUUUCUUCUUUUUCACCAAUUCAAAAUCUUGAGCUAACUCUUCAAUUCACAAUCACAAAAGAAUACAGAAGAGCAAUCGCAGAACUGUGAACUCGUUCAUAUUUUGCUGGUAAGAUACUGUAAUUUGCAUGGUAGUUAGAAGUGAUGAAGUGGGAAAUGGAAAUUCUCUCCCCUGCAACCUAUAUAUCGAACGCGAAUUGGCUUCUUGACGAAAGCAAGAGUACGAAAUGGACUCCUGCCGAGAACAAGAUGUUCGAAAACGCGCUAGCGGUGUACGAUAAGGAAUCCCCGGACAGAUGGCCCAAAGUGGCGGCGAUGAUCCCUGGAAAGACAGUUUUGGAUGUGAUGAGGCAGUACGAGGAAUUGGUGGCUGAUAUUAACAAUAUAGAAGCAGGGCUGGUGACAAUUCCAGGAUAUGCCGCCUCGCCAUUCACAUUAGAUGGGGUGAAUAGUAAUGGCUAUGAUGGGUUUAGGCAAUCUUACGGCAUCGGCGGAAAGAGGUCUUCGUCGGCUCGGUCUGCCGAGCAGGAGAGAAAGAAAGGGGUUCCAUGGACAGAGGAGGAGCAUAAAUUGUUUCUGAUGGGGCUGAAGAAGUAUGGCAAAGGAGACUGGAGAAAUAUCUCGCGCAAUUUCGUUAUUACUAGGACACCGACACAAGUGGCCAGCCAUGCUCAGAAGUACUUCAUCAGGCAGCUUUCGGGAGGGAAAGACAAGCGGAGAGCUAGCAUCCAUGACAUAACUACUGUCAAUAUCGUUGACAUGAAAAUGCCUUCACCGGACAGUAAAAGACCCUCUUCCCCUGAGCACUCUACGGUGCUUCACCCCCAGCAGCAGCAGCAACAGCAGCAGAGAAAUUCCGCCGCAGCCACACCCCGAACACCUUUUCAAUGGAACCAGUCCAAUGGGGGAGCAACCAUGGCUUUCAACACAACACAUGGGAAUGUGUUCAUGACCUCUCCAUAUGGGAUUGUUAGCUCUUAUGGGCAAAAAAUGCAGGGUCACAAUCUGCAAAGAGGUGUUUCCCAUGAAUCUUACAUGGGAGCUCCAAAUAUGGUUUUCCAAAUGCAUUCUGCACAGCAUUACCCCCUUGGAUGAUCACGAGAGUACCAGUUGUUUUGUAUUCUCAAGCCAUAUCCUUAUUCUGUUCUCUAGUAUAGCUUUUUGUUUGUGCUUCUAGCUGGUUCUAUGUGAAUAUGUUAUUCAAAGAACUGGGGUUAGUCCAUAGUAUAUGAAUUUGAAGAAGUAGAUGAGGAUUGUGUUUUCUCGGUUUCUCUUGGAACUUCAAAUUCUGAGCUCUGAAAUUGAGCGGAAGGAGAGUCUCAAAGUACUUGGGUUGCUUUGUACAAGUCUCAGUGGUUCAAUAGAAGUUUUCAGGUUUUUUAUUUUUUUUUGGCAGGAUCACAUUUCUUGUACUGUUGUCAAGGAUGGAGUGGCCAGUUUAUGGAGAAGGCA